AUGGCGCUCGAGCUGCACCAUCGACAUCAGCCGCCGGCACGAGAGCGUCUGCUGCCACAGCCGAAACCAAUACAGCUGCACGAGCAUGGGCAGGAGGCAUCACAGCCAUCGAGAACGUUUUCGCCGUCGUGCGAUGCAGCCGCUGUGCACCACACCGCAUGCCCGGUAGGCAGCGACCUCUUCGUCAGCAGAGCUGCAUCAGAUGCACUCUUGCACCCACCGGCGCCGAAAACAACGCUUGCGCAGCUGACUCAUCCGGGCCACAUCGCUGGUUGUCCGUCUACCGAGUGGCCGUCGUUGUGCACCACACCACCAGGCAGCGACGAGGUGGCGAGGGCGUUCUUGCCGUGUGUGGGCAACACCAGUGCCGCCACCGCAGCCGCCUCUGCUGCGUCGCGAUAUCCGUCCGGGUGGCAGACGUUGAUGACGGCCACACAGGCCACCACGGCGUACGCGGCGAGCGUGCAGCAGGCGAAACAACUCCUCCGCGACUUUGAGCGCUAUCAGCGCAGCGUCGGUGCCUCACCGCUCCACCACGACCAUCUGCGUGCGAAACUCAGACCUGGGUGUCUCGGGAGCGGCAGCGGUUCCGCCGGCAGGAAGAACUGCCCUCCCUUAGACGUAGGUGCGCCGGGGCAGCACGGCACAUCUUCAGCCAUCAUCUCGACCGAGGCGCGUGGGUGCGCAUCCAACGUCGGCACUCGACAUGCUGCACAGCCGCCCCAGGCAUCGCCAUCUUCAUCGCCGUCUCCCAGCUUCCCACUUGACCCCGCUGCGUACGAGCUCGCGAGGCGGCGCUCCCUGCAGGCGCUGUACUACAACGCGCAGGCGCGCGCUGCGUACGUUGAUCAGGGGCUGCGGCUUUCACGGGCAGUGUACGCGGCGUUGCUGAAGCAGCCGGGGAUGGCGAUAGGCGACGUUGCUGCUAUGGAGGGCUCAUCAGGGCACACCACGGGUACCGCAGUGCCACAUAACGAUAGACAGGCGCUCCCGCCUGCUGCGGGGGCCGGUGAUGUGCCGCGGACCUCGAACGCCGCCGCGUCGCCGUCGCUGGCCGGUGACGGCUCGCAAAAGACGGAUCAGCCGCCUAUCGCUGCGGUGCCGGUAAUGAGUCCAGCGGAACGGGCGGCUGCAACGGCAGAGGCGGAGCGUGCCCUGUCACUUCUCUGCUCCAUCCGCGCGGUGCGGCGGCAGACGGAGGAGCUGACCGUGCGGCUGCUGCACACCUGUGGUGAGUGGGGCUGCUGGUCGGUGCCCACCGCCGAGGACGGUGCUGCGUGGGAGACGACACGCACACCGUUGCCGUCAUCACCGCUGCCAGGGCGCAUAAGACGCUCGCAGCCUCUUUUCGAUGAUCUGUUCAUGGCAGCACCUCCGGCACCGACCGCGCUUCGCACAUCUCCGUCAGGGUCUCUCGUCGGUGUCAGCGAUGGCCACUCAAAGGCACCUGUGCUAGAUCUCAGCGCAGCGGAGGAUGCUGACACGGCGCGACUCAGCGCUGCGAGCGUCUUCGCUGAGGAGUCGGCCUGCCGUCGCGAGAGGGCGUGCCAAGUGCUUCGGCGAGCGCUGCAGCAGCAACAGCAGCGGUGGCCGCUGUCCACGGCGGCGGCCGCCACUGUGACCCUGUCUGCUGGUGCUGCUUUCUUGGAGAUGGCUUUGGCACCGCCUCAGCGUGCGGUGCCGCCGCCACCGUCGAUGUCGGUGCAGCUAGACCUCUAUGCUGUGCAACAGCGUGCUCUGCAAACUUCGAUUCAUGAGUGGCGACGACGGGUUGCGCAGACGGCUGCAACCGGUGCUGCGAAGGCAGCUGGCGCGUCACCGUCGGAGGAGGUAGCGUCUCCGCACGGCUCCUCACAGCAGCAGCUGCACACCCUGGGAACGCCGCGACCCCAGCUCCAGCGCAGCUGCGAUGUGCUCCACGCGGCUGCAGGGCAGCGGCACCGCACAAACACCCACCCCUGCACUGACGCGCAGCGAGGGGUACCGCCUCGCGAGACGACCACCGGAGUCAUCAAGGCUGUUGAAGCUAGAGCAGUCGCGCACAAGACGCGCGGCACGUCGGCGGCCGCGUCUGAUGCAGCACAGGAGGUCGAGGCGCCGCCGCUUCCAUCUUCAUCGCCCCCACUCGCAGCUGCGCCUGACACGCUGCACCACGCCCCUUGCUCCCUGCCACGGCAGCACUCUUCCACAACCCCCAGCAGCAGUUCGCAGGCUUUGCCAUUCUCCGACACGCUUCUGAGCUCGCCUGUGCAGCCGGCUGUAGACCGCACGCGGCUGUGGGCGGACACGCCGAUGCCAUCGCAGCGGGCCGAUUUCUUGCGCGCUGCAGCCGCCGCGCCGAUGAGCACCGAAAUAUCGGAGAGGGGCGCACGAAUCCCGGUACAACAGGCAGGUCAGUCGACGGCGGAGGACGCGAGCUCGCAUCGCGCGAAGAGCCCGACGCCGAAGCUGGAGGUACGCGUCGAGGUGGAGGUCAUUGGUGGUGGCGCGGAUGGAAGCCAUGCUCCCGCUGGUGCAUCCCCAUCCAACUCGACACAGGUGACUAGUUUGCGGCGCACAUCCUCGUCUUCGCUGACGCGCUUCCCUUCUCCCGUUGCCGCGGAUGCGCGCGGCGGCGUCGUGGGCGCACUGCCAGAGGCAUGUGAGGCAUCGUGGCAACCAUGCGGGAAUGCCAUGCUCUCCGCGCUCCCCGAGGCAGUGGCAGAGGAGGAGCUGGCAUCCCAGCCUCAGGAGGAGCGCAGAGGACGAAGAGGUGAUCGAGGAGGCAGUGCCACCGCUGUCGAACUCGAGGACUCUGUGCGGCGCCACCUCACGCGCUGGAUCUCUCAGCAGCAGAAGCGCAAGGGGUCUGACGUGGCAGCAUCGUUGUCGUCUCCAGGGCUCAGCCCACAUGACCUCAGCGCUGCUGCUGCGUGGCUGCGCUCGACGAGUCCGCGUUUUGCCAUCAGCCAGACGGCCGCUGCUCCACCUCCCGCGGUGGUGCGGAUCCUGAAGCAUGCGCUACCAGAUUUUGUGAUGCCUUCAUCCUGGAACGCGGUGAGGGCGGUCGCGACUACCGCUGCGGUAGCUGAAGCGGACCAGCCGGACGGAGGUGAAGAGCCGCGAGCACCACAGCAACCGCAAGAGCAACCGCCUUCGUCGACCAUCACCUGUACCACACCCUCCUGUCCUUACUCCGCGGCGACCUCAUCCGCACCGGAGGCGGCAGGGCCUGCGAGGUGGUCACCUCCGCAAGCAGCCCUUGAUGGCCUUGCCAUGUCCUGUUCGCUGUCGUCGUCGAAGUUCUCUCAGGCUGCCUCUGGAGGAGCCGGCAUUGCGGCCGUUGUGCCUCCAGGCCGGCCGCUCUUUGCACCUGUAGCAGCUGUCAUUCCUCGCCCGGCACCGCCGAGCGCGCUGCCGCCACCGCCGCCGCCGUCGUCGCCAAAGGCCAAGCCGGCGAAGGGUGGCGGCGCUGUGGGGGUAACGAAGGUGCCGCAGCGGCAGGGGCACCGUAGCUUCUUCAGUCGUCUCUUCAGCUGCGGCGGGUGA